AUGUCCAACCUCACCCAAGAACAAAUUAAAGUCCUCGAACAAUCGCGACAACGUCUCGUGCAGCUUACACGCUCACUAGGCUCACUGAUCGCAAGUCUAAACCAAAGCGACCCUCUUCCGCCCUGGACCUCCCUCCAAUCCCAAGCUAGCAUCAUCUCCAACAACCUUCUCAGCGUCUCGGACCAACUCUCCGACCAACGCGACCUCCUCUCCAAUCUAGUCGCGUACCCAGGCCCAGAAUACCCAGGCAAGACACAAGCAAACACGCUCGAGCAACUCCUCCGCACAAAACUCGAUCCUCGCGUCGAAGACUGGGUUGCGCGCGGCCGCACGGCCGGUACAGAGCCCGCUGCGGGACAGUCUAAUUUCUCCGACCCGGAUGCGGCGCACAAACCGCUGAGCGAAGCACAGCUCGCUGAUCUGUGGGAAUGGGCGCCGCUGGAGGCGAACCAGGAAGCGCGGCGGAGGAAUUGGGGUGGGAAUUUUACGCUUGAGGAACGGGAAACUGGGAUUGAGAAUGUUGUUACUGGGUUGAGGAGGCAGUUGGAGGAUGACGAUGGCUCUGAAGAGGAAAGUGAGGGGGAGGAGGGGAAUGCGGAGGAGAUGGAUGUUGUUGGUGUUCAUCGGAAGCCUGGUGCUGCGGAGUUGGAGUACAAUAUUGCUCCUCAUCACCCGCAUCCUGUGCACCCGUUCGUGCCGUUGGAUCUUAUUUUGAGACAUAUGACUACUGGGCGCAUGCCAUAG